UAGGCGCAAGUGCUCAUGGGACCUAGCUACAGCGUUUCCAUGGUAACUGUUUGGCAACAAUAAAUAUGGCGAGUGAAACGCACGGGUUUGAUCAUAUCUUUACAUUUACUUUUCUUCCAAACAAAAAGUUCACAUUCCUGGAAGAUGCACAAAUAUCAGAAUUGCUGAUGAAAUGGUCCAUGCUGGGGAGAAUUUCUGUCCAGGCCUUUAAUUUUGACCAGUUCUUUCAAUCUUACAUGAAGAAUGACUUUGCUCUGAAUUUCUUUCAGGACCCUUGUGUGAAAAACAGCUUGCAAAUCUUGGACACCUCAGGUGUAUGGAAACCUCUGGGCAGAGAUGUUACACAUGUCGAUGUACAACUUAUUCCAUGCACCAAAGUGUCUAUGGAUGUAUUUGAUCCGAUUUUCACCAGUGGAAUCGUGCAUCCUUCCGGACAUAUCGCCAAAUGUUUCCAUGAAGUACAUACUGACUUUGAUGAGUUGCGGAUGAUGCUGCUAGAAGAGGACUCUGAUAACUAUCAUGUGGUCAGUCAGUGUGACCGUAAGGAGUUCCUGUUUAGGCUGUUUAAGCACAUGGUACUGGGUGGUGAACUCUGCCAGUAUGAAGAUGUCAUCAGUCCCUACAUUGAAACGGCAAAAAACAUGUAUAAAGAUUUAGUGAGGAUGAUUAUGGCUUGUGUUAUCCCUCUGGAAGAGACAACAAGCAGACAUUCGCCUAUCUGUGCAUUGAUCCUUUCAAAAGACACGUUUAUGUCUUGUAUCACAGUUUUGGUAUUGGUCGGUUUUCUAAUAAUGGUCUUUUGUGCUCUUGAACAUUUUAUAAGUUACCCUCUUUUCUUUUGUUCUUUUCUUUUGGUUAAUAGUUUUAGUUCAUUUAGUUCUAUUCAUUAUAAAUGUCUUUCCUAAUGUUAUAAAAAUCUGUAAAGUCACAGUCACUGACAAAAUGAAAAAUUUUCUGUCAGGGUUAUAGCACCAUCUUCUGGAUAAGGGUUGCUUUAAAAGACUUAGUCCGACGAGAUUUAGUCCGACAUGGUCAGGAUUUUAUGUAAAUUCCCAAAACUACAAAGUCAUCUCACCUAUUAUUAUAUGGUCCAAACAUUAAGACCAUCAGACAUUACCCUGCCUAAAGUCCCACGGUUUAAGCUUUUCCCGAACACUUACACAUACUUACUUCCAGGAAGUUAAUCUGAAUAGGAAACCCCUGUUGACAUUGGGAAACUUAAAAUCAUUGUAUUCUGUAAAUGGCUUAGAGGGUAAAAACCAAACCUAGUCUCUAAAUAGACCACAGUUUUGUCUUUAAUGUGAGGGGACUAUACAUUAUACAUUUCACUUUACAGUGGUACAGGUAGGGAAAACACCUCCACCAACAAGAAAAAAACAUUUACAUUAACAGAAAACAACCCAAAAUUAAUACAUUUGUUUAUAUUAUAGCCACUUAACCAUUGGCCAAUUCCUCAACAUUUUUUAAUCUAUUUAGUCUAUUAAAGUAGAGUUAUGUUUACUUUAUGACAUAGUCUAUAAAGACGAAAGUACAACUAGUCCUGCUGGGCACAGGCAAAAAAUUUUUGUUUCUCUGUUUUCUCCCAUUAUUACGUCUAUCCUUCCUUCUUUUUAGUUUCUAAAAAGAAAAGAAGCUUUUAUUUGCCACGUUACAGUGCAGUGUGAAAGUCAUAUGUCCCAGUCUCGUAGGAAGUUUGGGUAUGAGUUAAGGGCUAUAAAGUAGGAGAUGAAGAAAUGGUAGUUAAUGUUUUGAAAUGAAUAGAGAAAUAAAAUGUACAUGUUAUCUAAAUAAAUAAAGAAAGUGUUUUGUCUGUAUAUCGGUCAGAACUCGCUCUUCCAAUGAUAUCUGUAGGACUGUCUGUCUGUCUGUAUAUCCAGAAUGAAUUUUAACGCACUGGGUCAUUUUGAGACAAAACUUGAUCUAUAUUCAAUCUACUUUAUUCACUCUUCGAUUAUUGAACAUGGGGUAUAUUUGGUUGUACAAUGAAAGAAGUACAACUUAGCAUAAACAAGAUGUAAAAUACUUAAAAUUUACUUCUUUUUAGCAAUAAGUUAC